ACGAAAACAUUUGCAUUCAGUCAUUUAGCAGAUGCUUUUGUCCAAAGCGACUUACAAUUGAGGAGCAAUUCAACAAGAACAGGUAUAAGGAUCAUUAAAAAAUUGUGAAAGAGCAGAAGAAUGGCUGAAGGGGAAGGUUUUGCUGACUGGAUGUCCAAAUUGAGCGAGACAUUCACAACAGGCCCCUUGAGCCAUAUUGCUAUUCCAGGUAGCCACGAUGCUAUGGCCUACAGCUUAGACAUGGACUCUCAAGUGCUAGAACCUGACUUUCUAAAAACUAUGGAUUGUAUAUUCUGCGGUUGCUUAAGGUGCAUUAUCAAGAAAUGGAGCAUCACUCAGGAAAAAACCAUCUCUGACCAGCUUGAUGCUGGUAUUCGCUAUUUUGAUCUGCGGGUUGCUGGAAAGCCUGAAUCCAGCGAUUUCUUCUUCUAUCAUGGAUUGUACACAACGAUGACUGUGAAGGAGGCAAUGAUAGAACUGAAGACAUGGUUAGGACAGCACUCUAAGGAGGUCGUCAUCCUUGCUUUCUCACAUUUCAAGGAAAUGUCAGCUGAACAACACACAAACCUGAUCAAGUUCCUCAAAGAGCACUUCCAAGCCAAAAUCUGUCCUGACAAUGGAAUGCUUUCACUCAAGGACUGCUGGGAAAGUGGCUAUCAGGUUAUCCUCUCUUAUGACAACAGAAAUGUUGAGGAUCCUGUUUUGUGGCCUGGAAUUGAGUACUGGUGGGCUAAUAAUUCAGACCCCACUGAGGUCAUUUCAUCCCUCGAUAACAAGAAACAAUCAGGCAGACCAAAGGGAUUGUUUGCUGCUGGUCUCAACCUGACUUUUUAUGGGUGCAACAUUUUCUGGAAUCUCACAUCUUCAUUAAAGGAGAAAACCAUGACGGCUUACUCUCUGUUGCUGGACUGGGUGAAGAAGCAACACCCGGGCUCGGACGAACAAAGCAUUAACAUCAUCGCUGCAGAUUUUGUUGGCCUGAACAGCUUUGCUCACGAUAUCAUUCAGCUCAACACUGCCAAAACUAGUUAAUGAAGAUCUAGUGGACAGAGGUAGAUACUGUUACAUUUCGUAAAUGAAAGAAAGAAUAUAUAUGUUAAAUGGGGAUGCAAUAGAGUGCUGCAGAAAUGACAUGUUUUAUAGGCCUGAAACCAGAAGUUUACAUACUGUCACGGAUUGGCCAGGCUCUUCCACCAGCAUCACACAACGAGCACCUUCACCUGAGUAUUUACCAGGCACAGCUGCACCCAAUCACUCCUAUUCACUAUAUAAGCACACACCUCACUUCAGUCAGUGUCCGAUCUCGUUCCCACGAAGCGAACUCAUAGCGAGUACCUCCUGGUAGUCACUAUCACAUUUAUCAAAUCUCUUGAACUUACCUGAUCUCUGUUUCGUUCCAGUCUGUCCAGUGUUCCCGGUGUCUUGUCUAUAUUGAGUGUGUUGUCAGUCUGUCUUCCCCGCAAGCCCUCUGGUGUGUGCAUUCGGUCUCCCUCAGUGUCUGUCAUCCAUCCUGCUCCAAAGAAGGAAUAUCAGCUCAACCAAACUUCAAUCACAUCCCCAUUGUUAUCCUUUUGUGCUCUGCUACUGUAAUAAACAUCUUUCAUCAUUUACUCAUCUAACUUGUCCGUCUGCUUCCCUAACACAUACACUCUAAAAAGGGAACAUAAUCAUUUUUUAAAAGAUGUGUGAUGGUAAAUCAUACUAAACAUUUACUUUUUUAGGUCCAUUAGGAUUACCUAAAUGAUUUACAUUUGCUAAAUGCCAGAAUA